UGUGUGCGCCAUCAAUAUCUUUCCGACUAGAAACUUGUUCACGAAUUAAACGUUAGAUUUGGUGUCUUGGUGUUUUCUUAGCUCGCUUUAGCUUCGUUAUUGGUGAAAUGUCUGAUGCCUUGUUGCAGUGGUGCGUUGACCAAUUACAUCACAAAUUUGGCUUGGAGGCAUGUGAAGACAUUGUCCAGUAUAUUCUCUCCAUCGAAAAACCCGAGGAGAUCGAGGAGUACGUGGGAGAUCUUCUGCAGGGCACUGAUGGAAAAAAAGGCCAGUUUAUAGAUGAGCUCCUACUCAGAUGGAAGAAGACUCAAAGACAGAGUGGGGAUACAGCCGGUCUUUUCCUUCUCAAGGAGUCCGCUUCACCAGCAGAUAUGCAAGACUUCACCAAAGAUACCCAGAAGAAGUCCAAGCGUAAAGGACGUAACAAACAGGAAGUGGUGACUGCGAGCCAAAUGGAGCCUGAACCAGAGCCAGUGAAAACCCCCAUGGAUCUGAUGAGGGCCCAGGAAAACAGCAACACUUCUUCAACUAAGAAGAAAACCAAGUUUGUCAAUCUCUACGCUAAAGAGGGUCAGGACAAGCUGGCUGUCCUACUCCCAGGUCGGCACGCCUGCGAGUGCCUCGCCCAGAAGCACGCGCUCAUCAACAACUGCCUCAGCUGCGGGCGAAUUGUGUGCGACCAGGAGGGCUCGGGACCCUGCCUCUUCUGUGGAAGCCUGGUUUGCACUAGAGAGGAGCAGGAGAUUCUACAGCGAGACUCCAACAAAAGUCAAAAACUCAGAAAGAAGCUUAUGGGAGAUGCUGGAGAAAGGGAGCUUCUUCCACAUCAGGAAGCCAAACUGAAAGCCGGGCUGGAGAAAGCAGUUCAGCACAAAGACAAACUGCUGGAAUUUGACAGGAACAGUGUCAGGAGGACGCAGGUGCUGGACGACGAGUCGGAUUACUUUGCUGCCGAGUCCAAUCAGUGGCUGUCGCCCAAUGAGAGAGAGAAGAUGCGGAAAAUGGAAGAAGACCUGCGAGAACUUCGCCACGCCUCUCGUAAGGACAGGAAGAUCACUCUGGAUUUCGCUGGCAGACAAGUCAUCGACGAGGGGAACGAUAUGAAUGAGUAUUACAGAAAGCUGGAUGAGACCCUCAAAAGCAUGAACAGUGGGUCAACGCCACAGACCCCUGGAGAUCCUGAAAGAAGAAGUGGAAAGCAGAACCUCAGAGAGCUGGUCAACCCAAACAUUAUGCUGUCUGCGCCAGAAUGGGUGGACAUUGGAGGCAGGGAACGCCAAAAGCAACCCAUGGAGCCGAGGAAAAACUUGACAGAAGAAAAAGGAGGAGAGGAGCGCCACAGGUUGAGACUCCAAGACAAAGAGCUGCAGGAGAUUUCUGACGGAGGCUGGUGUCUGAGUAUGCAUCAGCCGUGGGCCUCACUGCUGGUCAAAGGCAUUAAGAGGGUAGAAGGUCGCACCUGGUACACGUCGCACAGAGGUCGCCUUUGGAUCGCUGCUGCAGCCAAAAAACCCACAGCUCAGGAGAUCGCUGAGGUGGAACAAAUGUACCGCCACAUCUACAAGAGAGAGCCAAACUUUCCCAAAGAUUAUCCCACCGGAUGUCUGCUGGGCUGCGUUAACGUGACCGAGUGCCUGUCUCAGGAGCAGUUCAGACAACAGUGCCCUGGUACCUGUGAGGAGUCUGCUUCGCCAUUCGUCUUCAUCUGCAAUAACCCCCAGGAGCUGCUCGUAAAAUUCCCCAUGAAAGGGAAGCACAAGAUCUGGAAGCUGGAGAGCCACUAUCACCAGGGUGCCAAGAAGGGGCUGGUCCCAUCAGCUGCAGUGUGACACUAGAGGAAAGGCUCUUUGCUCACAUGGCACAUUCACAUUUUCUGGUCUCAAUCUGGACUGGAGUUUAUGACCAAUGCUGUUUGAAUCUUUGAUUCUGAUGACUUGUAUUUGCAGCAGUCCAAUAAAAGUUUGAUUAUUAUUGUAAA